AUGGUUUCAAAAAUUAUUUCACAUUCAUACCAGCAACCUCCACCAUAUUUUUAUGCUGGGAUUCCUGGUAUGCACGGAAAGCCUGGGUACCCUGGUACACCUGGUCGUGACGGCCGUGAUGGACGCGAAGGAGUUAAAGGCGACCGAGGCAGCCCAGGGAAGACUGGACCUCAGGGACCUCCAGGCCUCAAAGGAACUCCGGGUGUUAAAGGAGAACCUGGAGUACAGGGUCCUCCCGGCCAGAAGGGGCAGCGGGGAGAAAGUGGGAAAAACGGAAUCCCUGGGACUCCUAGUGUGAUGUCUUUUAAGAACUGGAAAGAGUGUGCGUGGAAGAACGUAAAUGACGGCAAAGACAACGGCCUGAUUAAGGUGAAUAGCUAUAAUAUUGAGACGAAAAAUAAUUUAACAUACAACUGCUGUAGUAUCAAUUUACUUUUUUAGUUUCUCCGUUUGCAAAAAUAUUAAUUUCUCAAAAACAACCAAGUCACGCUAACUAAGUCUCUCCUGAAGUUUUGCUUACGGUCCAUGUUAUUUUAUCUGUAUAUCUUCGGUCCUCCCUAGUGAUUCUUUUCUUCAUUUCUCGUCUCUCUUUUUCACAGGAGUGUGUGUUUACCAAGAACUUUUCCGACACAUCUCUCCGUGUUUCCUGGACUGGAGCUCUUCGAGUCUAUGGCUGCACCAUUUGUUGUAAACGCUGGUAUUUCACUUUUAACGGUGCUGAAUGUUCAGGUCCCCUACCAAUUGACGGUAUUGUGUACCUGGGUAGUGUGAAGUCUCUUGAUCCUGCCCGUGUCCGCCAUAUUGAGGGUCACUGUAACAACAUCCACAAAGGCAAGGUGCGCGUUGGAUUCUGGGUCGGUAAUUGUCAGUCAAAUAGUCGAAAUGGUUACGAUGCCUUCACUGGCUGGCAAUCAGUGUCGCGGAUCUAUGUUGAGGAAAUCCCGAAACCACAAGCUUAG